CUUCCGCUUUCUCCUUCCUUUUUGUUUCUAAAUACUCCUCUUUUUUGUUUUGUUUUUUUUCUUGCUCUUAUCGAGAUUUACCUUGCAUUUUUUAAAUUCUUUUUCUUUUUAAAAAAUGCUUCUUUCACACUCGCAGCGGGCGCCGCUGGUCGCUACCAGCAAGCUGCUGAAUGCCUCGAUGGUCUUGCGGUCCGGAACAGUUGGGCUUUCGUUUGCAGGCGCGCGCAGCAGCUCUGGCGCCAGGCAGCUUAGCUCUCUUCUUGUACCGUCCACAGGCCGCCAGACCAGCAACAGGCCGGCGAUCGCCUCUGCGCGGCGGCAACAGCUGCUCGAGCAGUACCAGCGCAAGGCCAGCGUGAUGGUUCCAGCACGCGCACUGUAUUUCUCCUUCCAGCAGCAGCAGACAUCGUCUCUUUCCACGCUGCGCAACACUCAAUCCGCCUCAGUGCUCCUGCGCACGGGCGACGAGGCAAAGAAGCCAGUGCCGACCAAGGAUUUGGGAGCAGAACCAGUCAAGGUAGCCACGACGGAGGAGCCCAAGAAGACAUUGAUGGAGAAGAUCAAGCACGAGGCGUUGCACUACUGGCACGGCACCAAGCUGUUUGCCAAGGAGGUGAAGCUGUCGUCCAAGCUUGUGAGCAAGGUGGUUUGGGGCGGUAAGCUGACCAGACGCGAGCAGCGUCAGCUGCGGCGUACAUUUACGGACACGGUGCGGCUGGUUCCGUUUUUGCUUUUUGUCGUGAUCCCGUUUGCCGAGCUCCUGCUGCCUGUGGCGCUCAAGCUGUUCCCCGGCAUGCUCCCAAGCACUUACGAGGACAAGGCGUUUGCUGAGAAGAAGCGUGAGAAGGUGCAGGGGGUUCGCAACGAGAUGGCACGGUAUCUUAAGGAGACCAUUGCAGAGAUGGGUAAGGCACGCUCUGCUGCUAAUGGUGAGCAGCAGCAGCAGCAGACAGUGGAGGAUACGAGCGAGUUCCUGGCCAAAAUCCGUUCAUCGGGCGAGGGCGUUUCGACGUCGGCUUUGCUGCAGGUGGCCAAGAUCUUCGAGGACGACCUGACUCUGGACAACCUGUCGCGGCCGCAGCUCGUUUCGAUCUGCCGGUUCAUGGGCGUCAACGCCUUUGGCACGGACAACUACCUACGGUACCAGAUCACCAACCGCAUGCGUUAUAUCCGCGCCGACGACAAGGUCAUUGCGGCCGAGGGUAUUGACUCGCUGUCGGUGCCCGAGCUGCAGUCGGCCUGCCAGUCGCGCGGAAUCCGCACAGUGGGUGUUUCGCCGCAGCGCAUGCGUGAGAGCCUGGAGCAGUGGAUUGACCUGCAUGUGGAGCGCAAUAUCCCGUCGACACUGCUCAUUCUGUCGCGUAUCAUCACUGCUGGCGAGCCCCAGCAGCAGCAGCAGCAGCUGAGCAACGAGGCAUUGCAGGCUACUAUCAACUCGCUGCCCGACAACCUUGUCAACGAGGCGACACUGCGCUUGGCGGAGGUUAGCGGAAAGGCUACGUCCAAGCAGAAGCUCGAAGUGCUGGAGGAGCAGGAGGAGCUGAUUGAGGACGAGGACGUGCAGGAGAAGAAGCAGAAGAGCGCAGAGGAGGCGGCGGCAAAGGCCAAGCCCAAGGCUGAGACCAAGGCUGAUAUUGAGACCAAGACCGAGUCUUCCUCGGACAAAAAGUAAAGUGGUAUUUUUUUCCAAUUAGAAUCUAU